AUGUUCUCCCAGAAGAUUGCGCAACAGUCGCUGCGACGGCUUGCCGUCCAGCAGCCUUCGGCCAUGAGGCUAUCAAUGGCCAAGUUCGCUUCCCCCGCCGCUGUUGCGACUGGAAACUACAUGCAAAUGAGACCGGCAACUUCGACAGCUGGAAACGUUGAUCCCACCAAGCUGCUGGCCCAGCAGCGUCUCAACCGUCCUGUUUCCCCUCACCUCGCGAUCUACCGCCCGCAGAUCACCUGGUACCUGUCUGCCACUCACCGUAUCACCGGUUUCGUUCUUUCUGGUGGUCUCUACGCUUUCGCUACUGCUUACCUCGUUUCUCCUCUGCUGGGAUGGCACCUUGAGUCUACCUCGAUCGCUGCUGCCUUCGGUGCCCUUCCCGUGGCUGCCAAGUUCCUCGCCAAGUACAUUGUUGCUUUCCCCUUCACGCUCCACAGCUUCAAUGGCAUCCGCCACUUGGUUUGGGAUCUUGGUCGAGGAUUGACCAACAAGCAGGUCAUCAAGAGCGGCUGGACUGCCGUGGGACUGGCUGCCGUCACUUCCUUCAUCCUUGCCUUGAUCUAA